UAAGAUGGCCACAGGGCACAAGCUGUAAGACUUGAUGGAUUUGCAUUAGAAAACUUCAAAACAACACAUACUCGAAGGAGGGAGGCAUCGUUUGGAAACUUCCCUUUUUCCCUUCUAUGGCUCCAACUCUGACCUCCAAUUCAUUUCUCCCGAACACAACACCCCAUUCAAGACUCUCUCCCAAGAACCCGAGACUCACGGUCUUUGCCAAGCAAGCUGGACCCUUCUCUCCAUUUCAAUUUGGCAAACCAAAAGAUGAUGCCUCAUCAUCAGAAGGGAGUCAAACUGAUGGUUCAGGCAAUUCAAGUCCCUUUAAUUUCAACUUUGGCAAGAUACCUGGUGUGAAGUCCUUGGUACCUGUUGUGAGCAAGCCUGCUUCUGGGUUGUCAUUUGGGAACUCAAGAAGGAAGGACCCUGGUACGGUUUUUGUUGCUGGUGCUACUGGGCAGGCUGGCAUUCGUAUUGCACAGACGCUACUGCGUGAAGGUUUUAGUGUAAGAGCUGGGGUUCCUGAGCUUGGAGCUGCUCAGGAGUUGGCUCGUCUUGCCGCCCAGUACAAGAUUAUAUCAAAUGAAGAAGUAAAGCGCCUCAAUGCUGUUGAAUCCACCUUCCAAGAUGCGGAAUCAAUUGCAAAAGCAAUUGGCAAUGCAAGUAAAGUUGUGGUUACAAUUGGUCCUACAGAGAAUGGUCCCACCUCUGAGGUCUCCACGUUGGAUGCCUUGCAAGUAAUCGAAGCUGCUCAGCUAGCAGGAGUUGGCCAUGUUGCAAUAAUCUAUAAUGGGAACAUAGAUAGUGCAUCGACUUACAAUGUGCUAGAUGGAUUCAAAUCAUUCUUUAACAACCUGUUCUCUCAAUCUCAGCUUUCUGUACCUGAGUUCUUGCAGAAAGUGAUUGAAACAGAUGUUAAGUAUACUUUUAUAAAAACAAGUUUGACUGAAGACUUUUCACCAGAGAGUUCUUAUAAUGUAGUUGUGUCAGCUGAAAGAAGCACCAGUGCAGACGACUACAAAGUAGCCAAGUCCCAGAUAGCGUUGGUGGUGGCAAAUGUUUUCUCAAAUACAUCGGCAGCCGAAAAUAAGGUUGUGGAAGUUUUUACAAGUCCAUCGGCACCAUCAAGGCCUGUAGAUGAGCUUUUCAGUGCCAUUCCUGAAGAUGGAAGAAGAAAAGUCUAUGCAGAAGCUUUUGCAAAGGCGAAGGCAGAGGAAGAGGCAAGGAUAGCAGUUGAGAAAGCAUCUGAGGCAGCCAAAAAACUGGAAGAGGAAGUGAAAAAGCUUUCAGAGCAAGAAGCUAAUGCUGCUAGUCUAGCUGAAGAAGCCCAGGAGAAGGCUGAGGCUGCAGGGGCGUCAGUGGAAAGCUUCCUGGGUAAAGCAAAAGAAAUUGGUUCAGGGUUAUCUUGGGAAAAAAUUAGCUCCCAGAUUUCAACUGCGGUUCAAACGACUAGUGAAAAAACAAAAGUGCAGAUUGCUACUGUCAGGGGACAAGCCAAGGCUCGUUCUUUGCCGGGCCAGAAAGCUGUAGUUAAACGGCCAGGACCUAAACUUUUUGCUUUGAAACCAAAGGAGGAGCCAAAGCCGAAGGCUAAAGAGUCGACGGAGUCAAAGACAGAAUUGCGGAAGAUGUUUGGUGGCCUGUUUCAGCAAGAAACCAUAUACAUCGAUGAUGAUUGAGACAAUUAAUUGUUUUGUAACCAUCUUAUCUUUCAGGCUAUAUUGAUGUAGAUUUGGUCUAAAGUUUGUAAUGCUGUUGAACGUGAGUCUAAUCCUAUCAUGCACCAUUUUGAAGCUUUCAAA